AGGUCUCUCCAAGCGAUCUGGCAGCGGAUUGGGCAGCUCUGCUCUUUCCUACCCGCGGCCGGGCGGCUGCGGCGCUCAGUGCUGCGGGUGGCGGCGGCUGCAGCGGCGGAGCGCCCCCAGCUCCCCCCGGCCGCAGCGGAGGCUCCCCGGAGAUGUCCUUUCUACCUGACUUUGGAAUCUUCACCAUGGGCUUGUGGUCUGUUGGUCUUGGAGCCAUUGGUGCAGCUGUAACAGGGAUUGUCCUUGCUAACACAGACUUAUUUUUGUCCAAGCCAGAAAAGGCUACGUUGGAGUUUUUGGAGGAGAUUGAGCUAAAAACUUUGGGAUCAGAACAAAGAACUUUGAAAGCAGGAGAACUAUGGAAGAAGAACGGUGCAGUGAUCAUGGCUGUGCGAAGACCUGGAUGAUUUUUGUGCAGAGAGGAGGCUUCUGAGCUUUCCUCUCUGAAACCUCAGCUGUCCAAGCUGGGUGUCCCUCUCUAUGCAGUUGUGAAAGAGAAGAUAGGGACUGAAGUGGAGGAUUUUCAGCAUUAUUUCAAAGGAGAAAUCUUUCUGGAUGAAAAGAGAAGCUUCUAUGGUCCACGAAGGAGAAAAAUGAUGAUGUCGGGCCUCUUCCGCUUUGGAGUCUGGCAAAAUUUCUUCCGUGCUUGGAAAAAUGGCUAUAGUGGUAACCUGGAAGGCGAAGGAUUCACCCUGGGAGGUGUAUAUGUGAUUGGGGCAGGAAGACAGGGUGUUCUACUGGAACAUCGUGAGAAAGAAUUUGGUGACAAAGUCAGCCUUCCAUCUGUCCUUGAAGCUGCUGAGAAGAUAAAACCACAAGCUUCAGAAGCAGAAAAAUAGUUGCACGUUUUUCUGAUCACAGCUUGAAAUGUAGAAUGCAUCUGUUUCUUGAACGUGCAGUUCAAUUGCCUGUUAACUAUUUAGUGAUCAGCACAGAGGAAAGAUUCUCUAUUCAAAUGUAAUAAUUGAUGAAAACCUUCCUUGUUGUUGCUUUGCAGCCUUUCAGGUGGUCAGGGUUUCAGCUGGCCUUUUGUGUCUGACUGUAUUAAUGAAAGGCUGGGUCUAAAAUCUGACGUAGCCUAGAUGUUUUCAGUCAGAGACAGUUGACUGAAAGCCUGUCUACCUAGGGGAGCUUUGCUAAGGCUGGAGAAAUGGCAUAUAUGCAGAGUUUGAAGGAUAAUAAAACUUUAUGUAGAUGAAA